GCGCGCAGGCGCAAUCUGCCCGGAGCCUGCGGUUCCCGAGCCCGGCGUGCGGCACCGCCACAGCCUGGGCUCCCCCCGCCGCCCGAGCGCUACUACCAUGAGCUGCUCCAUCCUCGCCGGAGCGACUCACCGGCACUGGGCGCGAGACACCUCCCCGGCUGCCCCCAGCCGCCACCGCCGCGCCCCUGCCGCUCCAGAGCCCGGCUCUGCAGGCGCAGGAUGCCGGGCGGCAAGCGAGGGCUGGUGGCGCCGCAGAACACCUUCCUGGAGAACAUCGUCCGGCGCUCCAGCGAAUCAAGUUUUUUACUGGGAAAUGCCCAGAUUGUGGACUGGCCUGUAGUUUAUAGUAAUGACGGUUUUUGUAAACUCUCUGGAUAUCAUCGAGCUGACGUCAUGCAGAAGAGUAGCACUUGCAGUUUUAUGUAUGGGGAACUGACGGAUAAGAAGACCAUUGAAAAAGUCAGACAGACUUUUGACAACUAUGAGUCAAACUGCUUUGAAAUUCUCCUGUACAAGAAAAACAGAACCCCAGUUUGGUUCUACAUGCAAAUAGCACCUAUAAGAAAUGAACAUGAAAAAGUGGUUUUAUUCCUGUGCACUUUUAAAGAUAUCACUUUGUUCAAACAACCAAUUGAAGAUGAUUCAACAAAAGGUUGGACAAAGUUUGCUCGAUUGACACGAGCAUUGACUAACAGCCGAAGUGUUCUGCAGCAGCUAACGCCAAUGAACAAAGCUGAGGUGGUGCACAAACACUCAAGAUUAGCUGAAGUUCUCCAGCUUGGGUCUGAUAUUCUUCCUCAGUAUAAACAAGAAGCUCCAAAGACUCCACCACACAUUAUUUUACACUAUUGUGCUUUUAAGACCACCUGGGACUGGGUCAUCUUAAUUCUAACCUUCUAUACAGCAAUUAUGGUCCCCUACAAUGUCUCCUUCAAAACAAAACAGAACAACAUAGCUUGGCUGGUGUUGGACAGUGUGGUGGAUGUUAUUUUUCUGGUUGACAUUGUUUUAAACUUUCAUACAACCUUUGUUGGCCCUGGGGGAGAGGUUAUAUCUGAUCCCAAACUCAUAAGGAUGAACUACCUGAAAACUUGGUUUGUGAUAGACCUCCUGUCCUGUUUACCUUAUGACAUCAUCAAUGCCUUUGAGAAUGUGGACGAGGGGAUCAGCAGCCUUUUCAGUUCCUUAAAAGUGGUGCGACUUCUACGCCUUGGUCGUGUUGCCAGGAAAUUGGACCAUUAUCUGGAAUAUGGUGCUGCAGUACUAGUGCUGUUGGUCUGUGUCUUUGGACUAGUGGCCCACUGGCUAGCCUGUAUAUGGUACAGCAUUGGGGACUAUGAAGUUAUAGAUGAAGUCACUAAUACCAUCAAGACAGACAGCUGGCUCUACCAGUUGGCAUUGAGUAUAGGGGCACCCUAUCGGUACAAUACCAGCGGCUCAGGGCAGUGGGAAGGAGGCCCCAGCAAAGACUCAUUGUAUAUAUCCUCUCUCUACUUUACCAUGACAAGCCUUACAACAAUAGGAUUUGGAAACAUAGCUCCAACCACAGAUGGAGAGAAGAUUUUUUCGGUGGCCAUGAUGAUGGUUGGCUCUCUUCUUUAUGCAACUAUUUUUGGAAAUGUCACCACCAUUUUCCAGCAAAUGUAUGCCAACACCAACCGAUACCAUGAGAUGCUGAACAAUGUGAGGGAUUUCCUAAAAUUAUAUCAAGUCCCAAAAGGCCUUAGUGAACGAGUCAUGGAUUAUAUUGUCUCAACAUGGUCCAUGUCUAAAGGGAUCGACACAGAGAAGGUUCUUUCCAUUUGUCCCAAGGACAUGAGGGCAGAUAUCUGCGUGCAUCUGAACCGGAAGGUUUUUAACGAGCACCCUGCCUUUCGACUGGCUAGUGAUGGCUGUCUGCGGGCCCUGGCUGUGGAGUUUCAGACUAUUCACUGUGCUCCAGGAGACCUCAUCUACCAUGCUGGAGAAAGCGUAGAUGCGCUCUGCUUUGUGGUGUCGGGAUCCCUAGAAGUCAUACAGGAUGAUGAGGUGGUUGCUAUUUUAGGUAAAGGCGAUGUGUUUGGCGAUAUCUUCUGGAAGGAAACCACUUUGGCCCAUGCGUGUGCCAAUGUCCGGGCACUGACGUACUGCGAUUUACAUAUUAUUAAACGGGAAGCCUUGCUGAAAGUUCUGGACUUUUAUACAGCUUUUGCAAACUCCUUCUCCAGGAAUCUCACGCUCACUUGCAAUCUGAGGAAACGGAUCAUUUUCCGAAAAAUCAGCGAUGUCAAGAAGGAAGAAGAGGAGCGCCUGCGCCAGAAGAAUGAAGUGACCCUGAGCAUCCCUGUGGACCACCCCGUGAGAAAGCUCUUUCAGAAGUUCAAGCAGCAGAAGGAGAUGCGGAAUCAAGGCACAACACACAUCGACCCAGAGAGGAACCAGCUUCAAGUGGAGAGCCGUACCAUGCAGAAUGGGGCCUCCAUCACUGGCACAAGUGUGGUCACUGUGUCUCAGAUCACACCCAUUCAAACAUCCCUGGCUUAUGUGAAAACCAGUGACACAAUCAAGCAGAACAACAGGGACACAAUGGAACUUAAGCCAAAUGGCAACCCUGAAAAAUGUCUCAAAGUUAACAGUCCCAUCAGGAUGAAGAAUGGGAAUGGGAAAGGGUGGCUUCGACUUAAGAACAAUAUGGGAGCCCCAGAGGAGAAAAAGGAAGACUGGAAUAAUGUCACAAAGGCUGAGUCAAUGGGGCUAUUGUCCGACGACCCCAAGUGCAAUGACUCAGAGAACAGUGUAACUAAAAAUCCACUGAGGAAAACAGACUCUUGUGACAGUGGAAUAACAAAAAGUGACCUUCGUUUGGAUAAAGCUGGUGAGACUCGCAGCCCCCUGGAACACAGCCCUAUCCAAGCUGAUGCAAAACACCCAUUUUAUCCCAUUCCUGAGCAGGCCUUACAAACCACACUACAGGAAGUCAAACACGAACUCAAAGAGGAUAUCCAGUUGCUAAGCAGCAGGAUGACUGCCCUUGAGAAACAGGUGGCAGAGAUUUUAAAAAUAUUGUCUGAAAAGAACGUGUCCCAGACCUCUUCCCCAAAGUCCCAUUUAUCACCCGAGUUGCCCCCCCAAAUACCUUGUCAAGAUAUUUUUAGUGUUUCAAGGCCUGCAUCACCUGAAUCAGAAAAAGAUGAAAUCCACUUUUAACAUAUACCUAUGUGUAUAUAUGUAUACAGUAUAUAUGUAAUUGUGUAUAUAUGCCUGUAUACAUAUAUAUAUGUGUGUGUGUGUGUAUACAGUAAAUAUAUAUACAUAUAUAUUUUCACUUGCAUCCAAUAUGACUUGAACACAACAAGGAUUUUGAUAUGUAAAUAUUGCAUGUCCAGCUGGAUUCUGGCCUGCCAAAGAAAACAAUUAUUAACGUAGAUAUUGCUUGUAUAAUAUGCAGUUGACUGCAUGCACACUUUACAUUUAUUUAUAAUCUCUAUUAUGUAAUAAAAGGAUUACUUUUGUUUAACAAAGGCAAUGUUACUAUUUAAAGAAUCAGGGUCCAACCUGCCAAUAUUGCCAUGACAGUUUUAAUCUCGGGCUGGGUGAAUUGAGCAUUUCUUUCCUCACUGUCCUCUCUGCUGAGUUAAACAGUAGAUUAACAUGAGGCCGAAGGCAUGCUCAGUCUUCUAUUAGAAUCACUUCCUGGUAUCGUUCCAUUGUGUUAUAAUGUAUAUCUAGUGAUAGAUUUGUGUUUCCUACAAAGGAAGUGGAGGAGUCAACUGAAUUUAAAGGGACAGUAGGUGACAGUCUAAAAUGUUGGAAAUUAUCACUGGGGGUGUUCUGCAUGCAAAUGCAUUUUAUCUCAGCUGCCCUCCUCCUCUCAACAUUAUACAUAAGAAACAAUAAUAAUGAAAUAUUAUGUACAAAAUAGCAAAACAAAACAUCUCACACACACGCCCUGUAUUUCUUUUUGCGUGUGGGAGGGCAGAAACUAUUACUUGAAAGCUUCCUGUCAGAAUAACCUUAUGUCGAUUUUUGUACCAGUAUUUGGCUACAGUGUCUGAGUCUGUCAGGGUAUGUGUACACUGCAGUUAGACACCUGCAGCUGGCCCAUGCCAGCUGACUAGGGCUCACAGAAUGCAGGCUAAGAGGCUGUUUAAUUGCAGUGUAGACCUUUAGGUUUGGGCUGCAGCCCAAGUUCUGAGACCUCCCACCUUGCAGGGUCCUAAAGCCCAAGCUCCAGUCAGAGCCCAGACAUCUACACUGCAGUUAAACAGCCCCUUAGCCCGAGCCCCACAAGCCAGAGUCAGCUGGCCCAGGUCAGCCACGGGUGUCUAACUGCAGUGUAGACACAACCUCAAUGUCUUUAUUAGAAACUCAGUUUUUUCAAGGGUUGAUGGCAGCUUCCAAAAAAUUGCUCCUGGCUGAGACAUCACACAAAAGGUCUCAGUGAGAGAGAGGGAAAUCUAGGCUCAACUCAUUGGGAGGUUGUAACAAGUGGUGUCCAAAGCCUGAUGUUAAAUGGUUGUGUUAAUUCUUCCUCCUUUUUAAAACGAUGUUUGUAACUCUAAAAUUGCCAGUGGCGGGGAGUGGGGGGGAGAGAGAGAGAUCAGGCUGUAUAUUCACUAAGGGAGACAUUCACUUCACCCACAUUGAGCCAGGGUAAUACGACUGUGGGAGGAAGAGGCGUGGGAAAGCUGGGGAGAGGAAAUCCAACCCCAUCUGAGGACUGGGUGCCUGAUACAAAUGCUGUUGAACUUAACCUUGACUUCAGUGGACUUUGGAUCAGACUGAAGCUGCAGGACUGCAGCCCCUGCAUGCCAGUUGUACAUUUGAUCCUACAACCCCUUACCAUAGCCCAUCAGCGCCCUCCAUGCAGCUGGUGAGCAACACACUGAGAGCCCACAUGCCGUUUGUGCGAUUGCUUAGCAUACAGCGUCACAGUCAUGCAUUGCCAGUGCGUAGCAUUAGUGAGGAAGGGUGCUUAUGCCGGCACUGUCUGCCAUGGGUGAACUUUACUCAGCUCGCUACAGGAGUUUGAAAAGAUGGAUCUCCCACACGAGCAAGACUUUAAAAUCUACUUGGGCCUGAUCCACUGCUGUCCGAAAUUGACACAGGUCCAUUGACUGUAACGGAGCCACACCAAUUUACACCAGCUGCGGAUCAGGGCAAAUGCUGCUUGUGAGGGUGCUUUUUUCAACAACAGUGCCCAUAGGGGUUUUAGACCAUGCUAGGCUGACCCAAUGGACCAUACUGACUCCAACGGAGGAGUUCAGUAACACGCUUUAUGGCCUCCUGUGUCAUAAUCCCACUUUCUAAAAAGUGCCUAUAGCAAAUACAAAUUUGCACAAAAAGCUUUUACAAUCAGUCCGGUAAAAUACAUCAGUUUCCAUAAUUAGUACGCAUCCUCACCAGUUAGACGAUCAGAGCCAUUGCUUUUUAUCAGGUAACUAAAAAACAAACAAACCCAAAAUAGUUCCCCUGUGCAAACGGAAUCAUUUAUAGCAGUGGAAGUUACAAACUUUCAUCCCAGGGUGAACAUGCCUCUUAAUAUCAAAUUGAAAUACGUAAUUCCACAAAAGACCAGAACAAAGCCAAAGACGUCAUUGCGGCUGUUGUGUCAAUUCUCAUAGGCUUUUAGGACACAAUUUUCUUUCUUUUCUUUUUUCCCCUCAAGCCCCCUCCUUCAGGAAAUUCACAAGGUGUGUUGAUGGGGGAGGGUGAGAUGCCACUUCAACAACAAUUGUGGACAAUUAUUUUCAAAGCCUGGUGCCUACGCGGCCCGCUCACUCUGCUCCGUCACAUACUUCCUUUUUGUGGCUGCAUUUUUGCAUCUGCUGUUCUACUGCAGGUACAAAUGAGGUAGCUGGAGAUACAUGGGGCAACCACAGUUCAUUUUGGGGAUACAAGUUGCACUUGGAGAAAGGGAGGCCAGACUUAGGGAUUUAAGCCCUUAUGUGUCCACAGAGGUGUGGGGGCUACAUAUGCAGCAUGCAUUUUGUGGAUACAUCUUAAGUGGUAAGUUUACAGGUUUAAGUGUGUGACUUUAAUCUCUGGUUAAAGCCUAUACACAACAAUUAAUUUUCCUGGAUCUCUCUCCAAUGUUCCUAGCUGCUGCACAUGUUACAGGACUGUGGUUGGUAGUAGCAAACUUGCCAGGUGUUAUAUUCUCCACAUCUCCCCUCUCCUCCAUUGCAGUGGAACCAAUGUGGGGGGGAGGCAUAGCUCAGUGGUUUGAGCAUUGGCCUGCUAAACCCAGGGUUGUGAGUUCAAUCCUUGAGGGGGCCAUUUAGGGAACUGGGGCAAAAAUUGGGGAUUGGUCCUGCUUUGAGCAGGGGGUGGGACUAGACGACCUCCUGAGGGCCCUUCCAACCCUGAUAUUCUAGGAUUCUAUGGUUUUGCUGCACGGCCUGAAUGGCAAUUCUGGGAGCCAGGGCAAAAUUUCGGCAGCCCCCUGCAUGUUGUGGUGCACAACUCAGCUGUGGCUCCCUGCACUUCAGCACAGAGGGUGAGGUUGGGAGAGGAAUGCCCCAGGGGUAGAUCCAGGUGAGCUGUGACUAUGCCAAUCGCUGGCCACUUCCACGGUGGGGGAAGGCACCCCCAUGGGUGUAGCGCCUAUUUGCCUAGAAAAGAGGAUUCUUGCCCUUUCAUCCCCCCUGAACCUCCCAGUGAAUAGCCUAAUUAUUCAGACUGUACAGGGGACAGGACUUUGACCCAUGUGCACAUAACUCCCGUUCCAUAUUAACAGGAAGUUACAUGAAUGAAACAGGAGGGGAAUAUGCCUCUGUGUUAUUCUGCAGGGUAUAACAGGAUGUGUUAGGAAGCUUUAGCCUUAACUGUGAAUUUCUUUGCCUUUGUGGGGGAUUUAGUUCUUUCUCUGUAACUAACGUUAACCAGAACUGCAUGGCAUGUAAGAGGAUUUUUUUUACACUCUUUAAAUUAGGUGUAACUUCAUGCGGCUUUACAGUGAGAGAACAUGUAACUAAACUAAACUGACCUUGAAAAAUUUUUGAGAUAACUGUAUCGAUUACAGUUCAGGUACAACUAUACUGGUUAAAAACGCAUACUGGCUAAAAGCUAUGCAUACUAUAAACUAGUAAGUUCAUGGAACAUACAAGGUUUUUCCAGGUUCAGUGUCAAUUCUUGUCCCUGUGCUGCUCUUACUCUGAUAUUCAUAGGUGCCGGAACUAGGGGCUGGCUUGAAGUGGUUUCCAUCAUAUACAGGGUUUACAAUGGGUCAAUGGUUCUUAGCACCCCCACAAUAAAAAUUGCUCCGGCACCCCGAUGGUACUCCUAUAUCAUCACAAAGAUCCACUGAAUCCAUUCAUAUCCUGUAUGAGGCAAUGCAUACAGAGCCAAAUUUUCAACGGGAUUGCAGUGGCUAUUCUUACAAUAACUGGGGCAUGCAAAUUGGAUACUCCAGUCUCCAUUUGCAGCUCAAAGGUGUGUUGUGCAGGCACAUUUUGCAGGCACAGCCUUUGUGGUUACCAUCUGGAAAAUUUGGCCCAUACAUUUUUGACUAUAAAUGAACAAUGCAUUACAUGUUGUUUCAUGAAGUAGCUACCGAAAGGGUCAUUUAUCUUGUUUUCCAGUCCCCUUGUUCCUUUGUUUGCAUGAUGUGGCUGAUGGUGAUGUUGAAUGAGGUAUACUCUUUUCAUUAAGGAAGCAUGAGUUUCAUGAACCCUGUAAAUAUCACUCUAAUUUUCCAAGCAGAGCAAUACAGUGAUCUAAUGAUCCAAAUCAAACUUGAUUUGAAGUGAAACCUACUUUAACAAACAAACAAAAAAUCCUCUGAUGCCUGAAUCAGCACUCUAGUAGACAUAUCGGGAGCAUUCAGUUGCAUGCGUUAAGAUUAUUUCUGAGAUAUGUGUAAAAAUACAAAUGCUCCUGCUGCAUAAUCGUAAGAGCGAUAAUUCUUAGCACUUACGUAGCGCUUUAUGUGUUCAAAGCGCUUUACAAACACAUAAGUGGAUUUUAUUUUCUGGACAAGACACCUGUCAGGAAAAAGUGUAUAUAUUCACUUUCCAACACAAAUGAAACACCUUUAAUAAUAUUUUUGCAUAAUAUUAUAGACAUAAUUUGAGCAAAACUGUAGAAUUACAUCAAGCUCAAAAACUCUGAGUAAUUAAACCAUGGAAGCUUAAGUAGCUAAAUAUUGCCUGACUGUUCUAAUUUCUGAUUUGUGAAAGUUUUCUUUCUUCAGAGAGGGCUGGGGAUUAGGGUAUAACUGAUUUACUUGUGUGGCAAAAAUAUGCUUUUGCUGUGUUUUCUUCCUGUUAGCACAGCAAAGCCAACACAGCUAUAAGAGUUGGCUCUUAUUCUCAUUGAAGUCAAUGGCAAACCUCCCUUUGGCAUAAAUGAGAAAGGAUCAUCUCCUGAAUGAGCAUGUUGGAGCGAAAUUCCGAUUAUAGAUCCAAAUUCAUCCCUCAGUUCCAACUUCAUUGAAAGCAACGGGUCUGAACUGUAGGUUGAUUUUGGCCUACAAAAGUCUUUACUCUGGUGAAAAUGCAUGAGGCUGAAAGAAUACAGAUUAUUUUUCGGAUCCCAGGCUGAGUUUGCAGAGCUGACCGUUGGAAAAAUAACAUUUCAUUGUUUGUAAACUGAGCACAGUUGAACUAGAAAUCAUCAAGUCACCAUAAAUAUGAAGCUCCUCAAUUAAAGCUGGUUGGAAAACCAUGAAAAAUUCCCAUGAAAAAUUUUGGAGAUUUUGAACAAAGGAAUCGGAAUUAAAAGCCAAAAUUUUGAAAUUUUUUUGCAAAAUUUGGGUUAAUUGAAAUGUUUUGUUUGGAUAAAGUCAUUUUGAAAUGAAAAAUUGAAACUUUCCAUUCCAAAAGUGUGGAAAAAGGGGAUCUUUCAACAUUUUAAAAAUGUUUUUUCCAAUUUUUUCCUAAGCGAAAUGUCAUCAAAAUAGGAUUUCACACACAAACAUUUCCUUUGUUGAAACAGCAUUUUCCAUAAGAAAACUGUUUAAAGCAAAAAAAAUUGGAUCAGUAAUGCCAACCAUGCCAUUUUACAAUUGGUUUUCAGUGCAGAACCACACUUAGUCUCUUGAAUAAAUAAAUACUCCGCUGUGAGGCCCUCAGCCCCUUCUAUAGCGCUUCAUAAUCCUGAUGCCAGGAUACUUUUAUUAGGGUAUUUGAGAAAUGGGGGUGCUGGGCUUCUCAUAUAAAGACCCAAAUCUGCAAGGUAGUGAGCUUUCCGUCUCCCAUUCAAGUCAGUGUGAGCAGAGAGUGCUCUGUACCUUUGAGGACUGGAAAGAGGUAGAUUGUAUUUUUCUUGUCUUUUCUGAAACUAUCCCGAAAUCCUUACUCUCUGGGAGUUCAGGGCAGGGAGCAGAGCACUUGUCUAUGUAAUUCUGACUGACUGGCCCUGGCCCUUUACGUAGACCUAUACAGAGCACACUGACUUUGGUGGGGGUGAAGGGUCUGCAGAAGCUGACCCAAUUGCAGGAUUAGGGGUCUGGGUUUCCACACAGAAUCAUAGAAGAUUAGGGUUGGAAGAGACCUCAGGAGGUCUUCUAGUCCAACCCCCUGCUCAAAGCAGGACCAACCCCAACUAAAUCACAUGCCUGCAGAUAACUUUGUUCUAGAUAAUUUCGACAUUUAAUUUUUGAUGCAAGUAACAAAUGAGAUUUCUAAUUUCGAGAUUGUUUUAAUCUUCCAUGCGGAUCAGAAUGUUUCAUAAUCAAGCACAAGUUGUCCAGCGGACUAUCGUAGGGCAUUUAAUAAUAGAUGAAACAGUCCGCAUUCGUUCUAGAAGAAAAAACUAGUGAGUUCUUUUAAUCAAAGAAUAUUUUGUUGAUAAAACAGAUGCAAAGACAGAACACACAACAGCUUGGAGACCCCUAAAGCAUGGUGGGUGAAUCAAAUCACUAGCCGUGGUGAGUGUUCAGCAAUAAAGACCAAUGGCCUUGUGUACUGCAGUGGGACAGUAUAUUGCAGGCUAGAUUGCAUACUCAAAUGAUACAACCGUUCAGCAAGGGCUCGGUGAGAAUGUGGUAAACGUAUUUGCCAACUAUUGGUGGACCUUCUGACACAACCUAGUGAGGGGUUAGAGGCUUACCCUCUUACCCUCUUGGCUAAAUGGCAAACCCUCUUGUCUACAUGGCAACCCCUCUUCCCCCCGCUUGCCCCUCUGGAGCACCAAGUCUGAGGGCCCGGAUCUACAGACAGGCUCACAGGGCUCAUGCUACAGCACUAGGAAUCGCCAUGUUGAUGUUCAGGCUGGAGCUCGGGCUCCGAAGCCUGAGGAAGGAGGUGGGUUUCAGAGCCCAGCUCAUGCCCAGCUAUUUUGAGCACCCAAGUACAAGCCCAAAGCUGUAGACCCUGACUCUGAGACAUGCCACUGCAGCUCAUUGUUUCUGUUUAGAUGAACCCAUAGGCUACUAAGUGCCUCAGGCACAGAUUCUCAAAGGCAUUUAGGUGCCUAACUCCCAUGUAAAUCUGUGGGUGUUCGGUGCCUAACUACAUUGGUAGAUCUGGGCGACUGGGCCUCAGUCAUGUUUGGAAAUGGGAUCUGGGCCUCAUCCACACAUGGUUUUUGCACCAGCAUAACUAGGUUGGAUAUGGGCAUGAUUCGUUACUAAAUAGGAGAUGCAGUUGGACCGGGAUAAUGGAGUACGCUAGUAUCGCGUAUUCCCCUUCCUAUACAGAAGCACAUUGAUACAGGUAUAACUGUGUCCCUACAAGGGGGCUGUACUGCUUUACCUGCAUGGGGAUAGUUAAAAUGGUACCACAUUGGUCUGUUAGACAAAGCCGUAGGCUCCUACAUCACUUAUGGAUCAGUUUUGAAAAUUUGACCUUAAAUCUGUGGCAUGGUAUUGUGGUGGCCUACUUCCCACUCACAGGUUUCUUUAAAAUUCUCUAAAAAAAAUUUCAACAUUUUUGCGGGGAGUUUUGUGACCUCACGGAGUGUGUUUACACUGCAGUAAAACCCUGCGGUAUGGCUGUAGCUAGCUUGGGCCAGCUGACUCAGAGUCUCGGGGCUUGAGCUGCGAGACUACAAAAUUACAGUGUAAACAUUUGGCUGGAGCCCGGGCGCUGAGAUCCUGCAAGAGGGAGGGUCUCUUAUCCCGAGUCCGAGCGUCUACACUGCAAUUUUAUAGCCCCACAGCCUGAGCCCUGUGAGCCUGAGUCAGCUGACCUGGGCCCUGUGGUUCGGGGCCAGGGGUGGGGAGGUUUAAUGUAGUGUAGACAUACCUACAGAGGCCCUUUGCUGUAUAUGAUUCAUAUGACACAUAGGUGUUUGUGGCGUGUAACAAUCAACCAGCUCCCUGCCAGGAGGGGCUUUUAAAUUGAAUUAGACACACGCAGCAAGUGAUGAUGGCAUAGAAAAAAAUGGGAAGAUGGCAGGCUAUGGGUUGGUGUGGGGUACAGACUGAGAUUUGUGGAGUGUCGUUUGGUUUUAUAACCUAUAUGUGGGAUGCCUGGUCGAUUGGACUCUGUCCAGGGGCUUGAGAGGCCUGGGGUCUAGUCCUGGCUCUGCUGCUUGGUCAUGUCUUGGCUUUGUGCCUCAGUUUCCCCAUCUGUAAAAUGAGAUAUUUUAUUGCCCUCCUUUGUAAAAUGCUUUGAGAUCUACAGAGAGAGAUAGAAGCUGGGUGUUGUUAUACUGACAUUUGGGACAGUGGAAUGAGGCCAACACAUAGAGUCGUCCCAUGAGAACAAGUAAUUAAAAGAGAGCUUUGGAGCUAAAUAAUGGAUAACUUACUAGGAAACUGGCUAGAUGGCAACACUUUCCUGCAGAGCGCCAUGGAGUGGUGCCAUACAACUGGGAAGACAGCAGGAAAAGUGAGCAGAAAGGAAGAAAGGGAAUUAAGUGAAAAAGAAAGCUGUUUAAGAAAUAAAGCAGGAAUGUCUCACAUACAGAAUAUUAUUAUUUCACUGAAGAAAAUAUUUAGAUCCCAAGGCCAGAAGGGACCACUGUGAUCACCUUCUUGGAUCUCCUGUAUGACACGGACUAGAGAACUCCCCCAAAAUAAUUUCUAGAGCAGAUCUUUUAGAAAAAAUAUCCGAAACCCAAAGAACUGGGAAUGUGGUGGGUUUUAAGCUUUUAUAAUUCUGAACAUAGGCACCACUUUCCUCUCUACCCGGGGGGUGCUCGAACCCUGCUCUGCCCCAGGCCUGC